UUACUGACACAUCGUCGGCGUAAAUGUUGUUUUUGUUACUUUAUCAGUGGCUUGAAUUCAUGUGAACCCCCCUGAACUAUUGCUGAGAAGUUGAACUUUUUUAUGAGCUGCUGAGCCUUGGCCUGAAACUGCAACCUUGUACCAGCCGCUGAAGGAGGAUCAGAUUCUGCUGUCAGACUGCGCCUCAUCUCUGGCUGUUCAGGCCUACCUCAGGAUGUGUGGUCUUCCAGUGCAGGUGGUUUGCAGAGCAAAUGCUGAAUACAUGUCACCCUCUGGUAAGAUUCCCUUCAUCCAUGUGGGGAACCAGGUCGUGUCAGAGCUGGGGCCCAUAGUGCAGUUCACCAAAGCUAAGGGUAAUUCUUUGAGCGAUGGCUUAGACGAUGUUCAGAGAGCUGAAAUGAAAGCGUACAUGGAGCUGGUCAACAACAUGCUGCUUACUGCUGAGUUGUACAUCCAGUGGUGUGACGACGCUACAGCUGCUGAGAUUUCACGUCCCAGAUACAGCAGUCCUUACUCGUGGCCUCUCAAUAACAUCCUGGCCUAUCAGAAGCAGUGGGAGGUUCGCAGGAAGAUGAACGCCAUCGGCUGGGGAGGGAAAACACUGGAGCAGGUUUACGAGGAUGUGAGUCAGUGCUGCCAGGCACUCUCCCAGAGGCUGGGAACACAACCGUACUUCUUUAAUAAACAGCCCACAGAACUGGACGCGUUGGUGUUCGGCCACCUCUUCACCAUCCUGACCACCAGACUGACCAGCACUGAGCUGGCAGAGCGGAUCAAGAGCUACAGCAACCUGCUGUCCUUCUGCAGACGCAUCGAACAGACCUACUUUGAAGACAAGAGCUCUUGAAGGAAUGAAACGUCUCUGUAUGAUCUCCUCUUGUACAUUCGGCCCCUCCUUCUCUCAUUCCCUCACUGUAGCACUGACGAGCUAAACACAGCUUGUAUUCACACACCUGUCCCCACGUGAUGCUUGCUCUCUGUCUCCCUUUUGCUUCGUACUUGUACAUUGUUGCAUGCUGCUGACAGAAGUGCAGAUGAGUCUUUGAAGGAUGAAGAAGUGUCCACUGCACAAAUACACCUAAAAGUAUCCUAAAGUCACAGUGAAGAUCACCAACACAUAUGUACCAUUUAAAAAAAGUUUAACACAGACUCAAUAAUGACAUUUAUGUGAACACACUGAUGAUCUGCAGCUCUUUUAGUUUAACUGCUUCAGGAAGCCACCAAAUGAAUUUUCACCAGACCACAGAGCCUUUACGUUUGCAGCUUUAUAGGAAGUAAAUAAUGAUGCAACUCCUCACAGACUCCAGAAGGAGGUCAGACGUCAGCUGCAGGUGCUCAAGGACACUUCAGCAGGGUGGAUGCUUCCUAACACAGAGGCUUAUUUAUAUGCUCUUACUGUUUGUCACUGUUUCCACUGUCUUCUGCUCCGACAUGUAUCAUAGUGUAUCUACUGCGAUCCACUGAGUCUCAGAGAGGCUUCAGUCCGACUGAUUUUUUUCCUAGAAGCUUGUAAGAAAGACGAGGCAGCGUUGCUUCCCUCUGUACAAAAACACAUGAAUAUAAUGAUGAAGAGGAUGUGACUUAAUCCUUAGUUAUUCCACCGUUGUUUUCUUUGUGUGAAUUAAAAGUGCCUACAGAAUAAAAGUCAUUUAACUGAA